AUGGAGUUCCUCUCAGGAUAUGCUGCGGCCAGGGCCCCUUUAUCCGCCUACCAAGUAGAGCCGCAUCCACCAUCCCGACCGACUCGUUCCAACUCCACGUCAGGAGCGACCCAAAAGAAACGAUCGCGCAUCCACGGCCACAUUAGAACCUCGAGCGCCAGCACUUCGAGCAGCACGCGCACCGAGGUCCCGUCGUCGCCGCAACACAACGUCGCCCCGUGGCUGCACCAACCCGUCGUUGAGGCCAGCAGCGGUCUCGGACUCGACGCCGCACCACCCACCCUCGCACACUCGUCUGCUGCUGCGGCUGCUGCUCCCGCCUCCGCAGCUUCUGUCGCUGUGACAUCAGUGAACGCGGCUAGUCGUGCAGCGCCCUUUGCCGAAGCCCAAGUCUCGCGGCACGAUCAGCAGCGGGAACGGAUGCCUGCGCCUGUCCGAUACUAUCAGAACAAGCAACUGCCGGCGACGCCCCGUCUCGACACCCACGACGCUACCUCCAACAAAUACCUGACCAGUGGCAGCCUCUCGGAACCCACAUCUGCCCGAACCCCGGCCUCCGCCGGCGCGACCGCCAUUUCCACGCCCUUUGGCAACCCUGCCAACCACGCCCUCUCCGGUACUACCGCCUACCAGGAUCGCCGCGCCCUCCAACAUGCGGCCAUGUUCCCCGAAAGCGGCGCGGGCUCCAAGGUCUUGGGGAAUACCGCCUUCUCUCGUGCCGAGAGCGUCUCUAGCAUCUCGGGAACCACCACGCGCACCAUGCUCUCAAGCGAACCCGCCUACAAUGCAGAUCUGACGGCGCAGCAGAGCAAGCCGUUCGUCGUCCGGAAUGGCCGCACCUACAUUUCGGAUCUGACACUGCCGUACCCCCUGCCCGUCGACCUCGAAGAACUCCACCGCCAGAGCCUACGGACACUGCUGCUGAUGCAGCUUUUCGGGGGGCCAAUAUGUACGCCCGCAUUCGUUGCGAAACCCCCCACUCGAGUUCUCGAAGUCGGCUGCGGUUCGGGAUUCUGGAGCAUGAUGUGCUAUCGGUACUACGAGAGACAGGGGUUGCACACCAACAUCUCGUUCACAGGCAUCGACAUUACUCCUAUUGCGCCCGGCGCAAGUGGUGCAAAUGCCGCCGCCAUGUCCGACGCCCGACCCGACAAAGACAUGAAGUGGCGGUUUGUUCAACACGACAUGCGGAGGUGUCCGUGGCCAUUUUCGGACGGCGAGUUUGACCUCGUCAUGGUUAAGGACAUGUCGCUCGCGACGACAUUGACGAUGCAACAGUCGCUGAUGGACGAGUAUCUCCGCAUUCUGGCGCCUGGAGGCACAAUUGAAUGCUGGGAAAGCGACCACACUCUACGCAUGCUGCGGCCACACGUGCCUGAACCACCCUCCACCCCGGGUUUCCCUACCGCUGAAGACGACGGCGAGGAUAGCAGCGGCGAGGACGAUGAUACGGAAGCCGCCCAUCUCGGCUCAUAUGUCAUGACGGCCAAUACGCCGCUCAGCUCGCCGCUCAAUAACUUCCUAGUAGAGUACAACGGUUGGGUUUCUCGUGCGCUCGAGAUGCGCUCCCUAUCCCCUGUGCCCUGCACCCUCCUCGGUCCGUUACUGGUACAAGAAGCCGAGGUCCUGACGGGGAUGGGGAGCCGCCGGCUUGCCGUACCGCUAUCUGAGGUGCGCUGGGAGCGCGAGGGCGUCGGCGGUGUCGUCACCAAGGACGGGAAGAGCUACAUCGAGACGAAGGGGCGUGGAGCGGGGAACAGCGGGGCGCCCACGCGAAAGGCGUUAGACCCCGGGGCGGCGGCGUUGCGGAGGACGGCGCUCCUGACGGUGGUGCAGAUGAUACAGAACUUGGAGCACGUCCUCCGUGAGGUUAGCGGCAAGAGCCAGGACGAGUGGGAUGGCUGGGUCGGCAAGAUGAUGAACGACCUGGUCAAAGGGAAUGGGACCAGCUGGGGCGAGUGUCUCGAGGUUGGUGCGUGGUGGGCACGAAAACGGGUACCCGCGUGA